AUGAAGUCCCGUCGACCUAGCUGCACUGAUUCUGGAUCUGAGUCCUCAGAACUGGAUUCCAAGAGCCCAGAGAAAUUUGAAACUGUCACAAGACGACGGAUAGCUGCCAAUGCCAGAGAGAGGAAGAGGAUGCAAGGUUUGAACACAGCCUUCGAUCGCUUACGUAAAGUGGUCCCACAGUGGGGCCAAGACAAAAAACUGUCCAAGUAUGAAACUCUGCAGAUGGCCCUCAGCUACAUCGUGGCCCUCAGCCGGAUCCUGACAGACGCCAAGAAGCACAAUGUUCCUCACAGGCAGUGGCUGGAACUGCAGUUUGACUGUGUGCAGCCUGAAAACUACUCCUGCCUCAUGAGGUGCGACUCUGCAACUGCACAGGAGUACAUCCACUCGUUGCCCUCUUAUCAGUUUGACGGAUGUCAUGGCCUCGCAUAA